AAAUACGGAGGCAUGAUGGCCGCGAGGUUAGCGAAGUGAAGACAAGCUUAUACUGAAUUUACCUUGAGCGAUGGCCACGCAGAAACCGGGCGAAUGGGUGCAGUCACUCAUUGCUCGGUUUGACGCCCAGUUGCCUAUCAAGACAGGAUUACACACAACGCAGUCUGUGCAGAACGUCAAACAGAACAAGGAAUGUUUGGUGAACGUCAGCAAGUACAAGUUCUCUCUUGUCAUCAACGGCCUGACCAAGACGCUGCAGUCCGUCUCUCAGAUGAGAAUCUACCACCCUGAGGCGGAGCGAAGUCACUAUGAGUCCCAGCUCAUCAUCUUGGACACUCUCAAGCAGGUGCUCAACUCGCAACCGAAGGACACCUCCCGCCUGGAUGAAGCUAUGUAUGUGAAGCUGCUUCUCCCGGAGAUAUGCAAGUUCUUGAACCAGCAGAGUGACACCCCUGUGAUGAUGCAGCUCAAGAAGCUGGCCUCCGAGGUCCUGUUUGCCCUCAGCCUCAACAACUUCACUGCCGUCUUCAGCCGCAUCUCAGCAAGACUGGUGACUCUAUCGACGUGCAGUGAAGACCCGUCAGAUCUCACGGACCUGGAGCUCAUCCAACACAUGAACAUGGACUUGGCCAGACUCAGCAAGCUGCUCAAUGAAGUUGUGUCAAAGUUCAAGUCUCUCAAGUCAAGGCAGGUACUCAUCACGCUGGGCCAGAACCUGGAGAAGGCGGUGUGGAACUGGAUGGACAACUACCCUCAUGAGUUCACAGAUCUCCAGAAGAGGCCCAAUGAUGAGCUUCAGGAGUGCUGUGACAAGAUGUUUGAACACUUCAAUGCACUGACAGAGGGGUCCAAGAGGAGAGUGUCGGUCUGGCCCCUUCAGAUGAUGCUACUCAUUCUCUGUCCGAAAAUCUUGGAGGAGAUCAACAACGCUGACACAGGAGCACCGUGUUCCCAGCAACACCUCAGGAAGAAACAUUUUAUAGAUGAAGUGAAGCGAGCUAUCGCGUGUCACGGUGGCAACAAGCAGUUCACAGAGGGCGCUGCUGUGACGUGUGUGCGACUAUGUAAAGCCUCCACAUACAUCAGCAUCAAUGAUAGUCUCAACGUUCUCUUCUCUCUGGUGCAGUCGGUCAUUCAGGAUCUCAAGACGCUGCUGUUCAAUCCGCCCUCCAACAGUAAACCGUUCUACAAGGGUCAGGGCAUGUUCGGGCAGGACCUUGACCUUUACAUCGACUGCUUCGUGUCCUGUUUCCGCAUCACGCCACACAACAAUGAUGUACUCAAAGUCUGCCUCAACAGCCACUCACCUCCCAUGUAUCACUUUGUGCUUGUCAAUGCCCUCCAUCGGAUCAUCACACAGCCCCGCCUGGCGUGGUGGCCAGACAUCAGCCUCAACUACGGCAAAGCCGGAGAACUGAGGAACAUGUUCACAGACAUCGUCAAUAAGGUCACACAGGGCUUCAGCAGCCAUAACUGCCCCAAGACAUUAACCAGAAUGACGAAGGCCAUCACGUUAACGAGAGCCACGUCAGAUGAGACACUGACUAGCUACAAGUACAUCCUACUGUGGAUAGUGAAGCUCAUCCACGCUGAUCCGUAUCUCAUGUUGCAUAAUCAAGGCAAGCCAGGGCAUGAGAUCCAGCGCAGCACCCUGGAGCUGAUCACCAGCCUGGUGUCCCUCGUACAUCAACAGUGGAUGACUGAUGUUGCCCAGAAAGCCAUGGAGGCUUUGCUUUGCCUACAUCAGCCGGAGAACAUUGAGCUGUGGAAUCCUGAGGCUCCCAUCAACACUUUCUGGGACAUCAGCUCGCAGGUGUUGUUCUACAUCUCCCAACGCCUCAUCCAGCACCAGAUCGUCAACUACACAGAGAUCCUCAAGUGGCUUCGGGACAUCCUGGUGUGUCGGAACCGAUUCCUCCAGAAACACAGCGCCAAUGCCAAUGUUGGCAGCAACAUCCCAGUGUGCAUACAAGCUCACAUCAAACUGGAGGUGGUGUUCUUCAUGUAUCUGUGGAGUAUCGACAUGGACGCAGUGUUGACGGCGAUGUCUUGUUUCCGUCUGCUGUGUGAGGAGGCAGACAUCCGGUGCGGCGCUGACGAGAUGGCCGUCACACAACUACUUCCCAACUACAACGUCUACGCAGAACUGGCAGCUGCUAGCACCGUCCUUACCACUGGUCGAGCAGCCCUCCAGAAGCGUAUAAUGGCCUUAUUGAGGAAGAUAGAUCAGUCCACACCAGGAAACUCUCAGGCCUGGGUCUAGGACUGCAUUCGGAACUGGGACAUGGUGACCCGUUACCUGAAAUAGUCCUACCCCACCCAACUCAUGAACUCUUCGAUGACACUCAGAGGGUGACCCGUUGCUGACAUGAUCAAAAUGAAGAGGAAACCUCCCAACCAUGCCUCCACCGAACAUGAACUGGAGGACCAGCUGAACGAGUGGGCCAACAUGACGGGCUUCCUGUGUGCCCUGGGCAGUGUCCGGCUGCAGAACAAGUCACAUCGCGUCAGCACCAUCAGCAUGUCCGGCAUCAACGUCGACACAGCGCGGAAGUCUAGCCUUAUGCAGAGUUGUGCCAAUGACACCCAGUAUUGCCCAGUCACACAAUUUAUCGGGAACCUCCUGAAGCUGCUGAUCUUCCAGAAUGAGAAGUUCGGGGCGCAGAUCCAGAAGCAUGUGAAGGAGCUGGUGGGGCAUGAGCUGAACCCUGCCCUCUACCCCAUUCUGUUUGACCAGAUCAAGGUCUGUGUCGACAAGUACUUCGACGCCACUGGACAGGUGAUUGUCACAGACAUGAACACCCAGUUUGUGGAGAACGUCAUCUUCAUCAUGAAGAACAUCCUAGAGAUGAAGUCUGACCAGCCCUGUGAAUACCUGGGACUGGCCAGCAUUGAGUCACUUAUGCUCACCAUUGUCAGGUAUGUGAGACACCUGGAUUCAUCAGUCCAUGCCAUACAGAUCAAGACCAAGUUAUGUCAGCUGGUGGAAGCGAUGAUGCAGCGUCGAGAUGAGCUGACCUUCCGCCAGGAGAUGAAGUUUAGGAACAAGCUGGUGGAGUACCUGACAGACUGGAUCAUGGGGAACUCUCACCAGGUCAACAUUCAGGGCGACAUCUGCAGCAUGUCCAGGGACUUGGACCAGGCCAGUAUGGAGGCUGUGGCUGCACUGCUGGCCGGACUGCCCCUGCAGCCUGAGGAGAGUGCGGGUGACCUGAUGGAGGCCAAGUCGCAGCUCUUCCUCAAGUACCUGACGCUGUUCAUGAACCUGCUCAACGACUGUUCUGAGGAGGAACAGGACAAGGCGAUGGAUCCGAACAGGAAGCGCAGCAUGUCCAAUCUGAGUGCACUCCGAAACUGUACAGUGCAGGCCAUGUCCAACCUCCUCAAUGCCAACAUAGACAGUGGCCUGAUGCACUCCAUAGCUCUCGGCUACCACAAAGAUCCUCAGACCAGGGCUGCUUUCAUGGAGGUCCUCACGAAGAUCCUUCAGCAGGGUACAGAGUUCGAGACGCUGGCAGAGACAGCGUUGGCCGACAGAUUCGAGCGUCUGGUCGAGUUAGUCACCAUGAUUGGAGACAAAGGGGAACUGCCCAUCGCCAUGGCGUUAGCAACAGUGGUGUCCAACUCUCAGAUGCGGGUGUUUGUCAAUCUGUUUGAUGCCAAGAGGCUGCUCUACCAGCUGUUGUGGAACAUGUUUUCUAAAGAGGUGGAGAUAGCUGACUGUAUGCAGACUUUGUUCCGGGGGAACAGUCUGGCCAGCAAGAUCAUGGCCUACUGUUUCCGCUUCUACGGCCAGGGCUACCUGCGCGAGCUGCUACAGCCGCUCAUCAUGGACAUGUUCCUUAUGGACAGGGACAACUGCUCCUAUGAGAUCGACCCUGCCAGACUGGAACCAGGAGAGAACAUCGACGAGAACAAGAAGAACCUGUUGGACAUGACCCUGAAGGUGUUCAGUGCAAUUGUGGGCUCCGCACAGAGGUUCCCUCCUAAACUCCGGAGUAUGUGCCAUUGCCUGUACCAGGUGGUAACCCAGCGUUUCCAACAAAGUAGUGCUGAAGCAGUGUGGACAGUGAUUGGGACAGUUAUAUUCCUACGCUUCAUCAACCCUGCCAUAGUUUCACCGUACGAGUCUGGCAUCGUGGAGGAAGAACCGACGCUGCGGAUCAAGAGAGGACUGACACUGAUGUGCAAGAUCAUGCAGAACAUCGCCAACCACCUGCUCUUCACCAAGGAGCAGCAUAUGACAGCCUUCAAUGAAUUCCUCAAGUCCAACUUUGAGGCUGGCAGAAAAUUUUUUACGGAGAUUGCAUCAGACUGCGAGACGCUUGAUGCAGGGAACCACAGUUUGUCUUUCAUCAACGAUGCAAACGUCAUUGCGUUACAUCGGUUACUGUGGAAUAACCAAGAGAAAAUCGGGGAUUACCUAUCCAGCAGCAGGGAUCACAAGGCUGUGGGAAGACGACCAUUUGACAAAAUGGCGACACUGUUGGCGUAUCUGGGCCCUCCAGAGCAUCGGCCUCUUGACUCUCAGUGGAGCAGCAUGGAUAUGACCAGCACCAAGUUUGAAGAGAUCAUGUCGAAGCACAACAUGCACGAGAAAGAUGAGUUCAAGUCGUUGAAAAACCAACACAUCUUCUACCAGGCAGGGACGAGCAAGGGAGGCAACCCUGUAUUCUACUACAUCGCCAGGAGAUACAAAGUGGGUGAAAUUAAUGGCGACCUGCUGAUCUACCAUGUGCUGCUCACUCUCAAGCCUUUCUACCACAAGCCCUUUGAGCUGGUCAUAGACUUCACCCACACAUGCUCUGAGAACCGAUUCAGGACCGACUUCUUAUCAAAAUGGUUCGUGGUGAUGCCAGAGAACGUGUAUCAGAACAUCGUCGCCGCCUACAUCUACAACUGCAACUCCUGGGUGCGCGAAUACACCAAGUACCAUGAUCGUAUCCUUGCUCCUCUUCGGGUCAACUAUAACAACCGGAAGCUGAACUUCAUCGAUCAUCCAGCCAAGUUGAACGAGUACAUCGAGCCUGACCAGCAGAAGUUGCCCGGGACAACGGUCUCCUUGGAGGAGGAUCUCAGGGUGUUCAACAAUGCGCUCAAACUUUCUCAUAAAGACACUAAGGUUGCUAUUAAGGUUGGUCCUAAUGCCAUCCAGGUGACCUCGUCAGAGAAGAGCAGAGUGUUGGGACACCAGGUGCUCCUCAACGACGUCUACUACGCUGCUGAGAUAGAGGAGGUGUGUCUAGUAGACGACAAUCAGUUCACGUUGACUAUAGCCAAUGAGAGUGGCCCUUUGUCUUUCAUACACAAUGACUGUGAUAACAUUGUCCAAGCCAUCAUACAUAUCAGGACCCGCUGGGAACUCUCGCAGCCGGAUACUGUGGCAGUUCACACCAAAAUCCGCCCCAAGGAUGUGCCCGGUACGCUACUGAAUGUGGCUCUCCUCAAUCUGGGCAGCUCGGACCCCAGUCUCCGGUCAGCUGCCUACAACUUGCUGUGUGCUCUCACCCAGACCUUCGACCUCAAGAUAGAAGGCCAACUACUGGAGACCAAUGGUCUGUGUAUUCCUGCCAACAACACCAUCUUCAUCAAGUCCAUCAGUGAGAAGCUGGCGGAGAAGGAGCCGCACUUGACGUUGGAGUUCUUGGAGGAGUGCAUCCAGGGCUUUGGCAACUCCAACAUCGAGAUGAAGCACUUGUGUCUGGAGUACAUCACACCCUGGCUCCCCAACCUGACCAGGUUCUGCAAGCAGUGUGAUGAAAACAAGAGGCAGAAGGUGGCACUUAUACUUGACAAGCUCAUCACCAUGACAAUAGAGGAAGAGGAGAUGUACCCAUCAAUCCAGGCCAAGAUCUGGGGCAACAUUGGUCAGAUCGGGGACCUCCUCGACAUGGUGCUAGACAGCUUCAUCAAGAGAAGUGUCACGGGUGGUUUAGGGUCCAUACAGGCUGAGAUAAUGGCGGACACAGCAGUGGCGCUCACCUCCGCCAAUGUGCAGCUGGUGUCUCGGAAGGUCAUCGGCCGCCUCUGCAGGCUGAUAGACAAGACCUGCACGUCCCCCACACCUACUCUGGAGCAGCAUCUGAUGUGGGACGACAUAGCCAUCCUGGCUCGCUACCUCCUCAUGUUGUCUUUCAAUAACUCACUUGAUGUCGCUAGUCAUCUCCCAUUCCUGUUCCACAUCGUCACCCUGCUAGUCUCCACGGGACCGCUGUCGUUACGGGCGUCUACCCACGGCCUCGUCAUCAACAUCAUUCACUCACUCUGCACAUGUUCACAACUACACUUCGGGGAGAGCACCCUCCAGGUACUCAAGCUGAGUCUGGCGGAGUUCUCACUCCCCAAGUUUUACCAGCUGUUUGGGAUCAGCAAAGUUAAGUCUGCGGCCGUCAGUGCCUUCAGGACCAGUUACCGCCCGGGGGACAGGUCGUUCACAAUGUCCCCGUCGGAAAAUGAGAAGAUGCCACUGAGUUCUCUUGAGGCCAUCGCUGAUGCCUUGCUGGAGAUCAUGGAGGCAUGUAUGAAGGACAUCCCCAGCUGUGAGUGGUUACAACAGUGGACAGACCUCGCCAAGAGAUUUGCAUUCCAGUAUAACCCAGCCUUGCAGCCAAGGGCCAUCAUAGUGUUUGGGUGUAUCAGUAAGUCUGUGACUGACUCUGAAGUGAAACAACUCCUUAAGAUCAUGAUGAAGGGCCGUCCUCCCUAUUCCUUGACCUUCACCCACACCUGUACUCUGCAAAGUUUCUGCGAGAAGUCUGACUCCCUUCAGGACCAAAUGGGCCCCCGACGCACCCAGCCGUCGUGCAUUGAGGCCCUGGAGUCGUACACAGACCUGACGCUGAUCGAGGCUGUCGUCAUGUGUCUUACCCGGCUACAGCCCAUGCUCAAGGCGGAGUCCCCGAUCCACAAGUUCUUGUUCUGGGUGGCUAUCUCAGUGCUGCAGCUAGAUGAAGUGUCACUGUAUGCGGCAGGACUUGCUUUGUUGGAGCAGAAUCUCCACACGCUAGACAACAUGGGGCUGUUUGAGAAGAAGUCUCUGGAGAAGAUCAUGAUGGAGACCCGCGAACCCCUGGAGUGGCACUUCAAGCAGCUGGAUCACUACAUGGGCCUCAGCUUCCAGUUCAACUUCAACUUCGCUCUGGUUGGACAUUUACUCAAAGGAUUCCGACACCCGUCCCCCACGACUGUGUCCCGGACAAUCCGUGUUUUGCAUCAGCUACUCAGUAUUACCGUGAAACCCAGUGUCAGGGACAAGUUUGAGGUGACCACACAGACUGUGGCCUACCUUGCAGCCUUAGUAUCAGUGUCAGAAGAGGUCCGGAGUCGGUGCCAUCUAAAACAUCGGACAGCAAACUACAUGAUAUCAGAGUCCCCUUCAACAGAGAGUCUCAAUACUGAGUUGUCAUCAUCCCAGGGGGUGUCGCCCUCUGCUCCCCCACCCACCACCACUGUAGUCACACCCCCUCAGAAUGCCCCGCCUACAAAUGCCUCCACCCCUCUCCCACGGCGACAAAAGAGCUGUGACCUCCUGGACCAGAACGCCAUGACAGCAGCACGGAUGGGCAAGAACGUCCAGCUGACGCAGAGUCAGUUCAAACACCUGUUGCAGGGCAAGAGCGUCAGCCUUGACCUUGAUCAAAAUUCACGGCCGCCGCUGACGAAGUUCCGCAGCAGUUCCAUGCCGACGCCUGGCAGCAACAAGCUGGAGUCCUCCAAAUCAGCCAUCCAGCAGCCUCGCAGUGGGCGGAGCUCCGUGUCCAAUGAAAACAAUGUUCUUCUAGAUCCCGACAUUCUCAUGGACUACCCCACACAGGCUCUAGUCCUCACAGUCUUGGCAACACUUGUUCGGAACACUACAGACGAGAACGAGACAAGAAUAUUGUAUGAGUAUCUAGCUGAAGCCUCAGUCGUAUUCCCCAAAGUCUUUCCUGUAAUUCACAGUCUGCUUGACGCAAAGAUAAACAAUGUUCUGUCGCUGUGCCACGACCAGGCCAUCCUCAACGCAGUGCAGAGCAUUAUCCAGAACAUGAUUGCGUGUGAGGACGCCUCCCAACAGCAGCUGUCCUACCUCCAGAGUAUUGGAUUUGGAGGUUUAUGGAGGUUUGCUGGUACUUUCACAAAGUCAUCGGGCAGCAGUGACACAGCGGAAUUAUUUGUGAAUUGUUUAGAAAAGGCAAUGAUGGUUGAAUCCUGUCUCCCUGGUGAUGACCUUGACAUUCUUAAUCCUUACCCAAGCUCUCUGGGAAUCUCCUCCAAUCUGAAUCUGUCGAGUUCCAUGUCGAGUCUCAGUGUUGGGAGCAUGCACUCUCCGACGGAUAAGGACAUUGUGGACAAAAAUGGCACAAACGGCGGAAGGAUACGCCAUGCCUCUGCAAACAAUCUGCCAACCAAAAAUAGAGCUGGGAGUUUUAAACAAAAAGAAAAGAAAAAAUUAAUGGAACCAAUUGAAUGAGACAUUGAUGAACACUGAGGUUGACUGUGAUUGGCUGUUGGCCACUGAUGUACAGGAUAUGUGAGUUGUUCAUUGGUUGAUGGAAGUCAUGUGACUUGUGGACGCUGUGUAAGGUAUCUAACUGCCAUUGUUCGCGAACUGUCGGAAGUAGCACGUUGCCUGUCGUGGAAAUCCGAUUCCUGGGACCAGAGGGAUGGGGCGAGAGAUCCAUAGCGAUAUUUUAGCUGAAUGUGUUUCGAGAAUAUUUAUGUGGGGAGUGUAUGGAGAGAGUUUUAUGUACAGUUUAUCAAUUUUAUUUUUGAUUGCAGAUCUGUCGCCAUUGCCCAUGUAGAAAGUAGACCACAGCAACAUAUUCAUAAUAUGGACAAAAAUAUGUACAUUCAUUGUCAGUCAGCCAUUGGAUACAACACUGUCUUACGUGCUGCUUAAAAUCAGUCAGUAAAUGUUAUCUGUUAAACAUUUUUUGAGUUAUUCCUGUAAGUUUUACCGAAAGGAGAUUUUAGUUGAGUUUUAAUCAAUUAAGAUGAACUUUUAUCAAACCCUUUUAUAGUUCUGACAUGGUGUUGAUACAUAUCUCAGUUCCCUGUUCAUCAAAAUGGAAAAGAAUAGUGAAUGUUCAAUCUCCUCUCAUAAAUGCCUGUACAGUUAUGAUAUAUUUUAAGAGAUCAACUAUAUUUUGAAAUGAAAGAUAUCUGUGAUAUUUCAAGACAAGGCUAAUUCUUCCAGUUUCAAACUUCUAUAGAAUAUAGACUAUUGAGGGGGCUUGAAAUCCUGAAAUCUACAGUGAUUCUUUCUAAAACUUCUAUUUACACACCAGUGAGACAUGGACACUGCAUCACUAGAGAUGUAACAUAAUCAAGAAGUCAUGUUCGUUUAUUUCAAACACCUAAAAUGUUUGCAUUGUCGAGUCUGAAAUUGCAGGCUAGUUGCAUAUGACACGUGUCAACUUCUACACCAGGGUUUUACGGGACGCGUGAUUCCUGCGUAUUGGCCUCAGAAAUUUGAUGAAGUACCCCCAAACUAAAAUCCUGUGCGUCCUUGUGGACGCAAUAAUUUUUUUCUGGGAAGAACUUUCUGAGUUUGUAAUGUUAUCCCGUAAUUAAAAUAUAAACAUUCUGUUUGCAAUCAUUUUUCUAAUGACAUAGAAAGUAACACAUAUUAUAACCUAAUCAUUAUCAAAUGGGAAGCAUCCAUGAUCAAUUAUUGCAUGCAAAUUCAUGGACUCCCAAUUUUGGAAAUGGACUCUCAGAAUACAUAUGCCCUGAGUCACUAGGACUCCCAGUUUCGAAGAGCUAUGUACAACCCUGUUACAAUCCACAAAUUGACACACUUUCAACAAAGACAAUAAUCCUUUAUAUGAACAAAUAUAAAAAUGUUCAAUUUUAGUUUUUAACAAAUGUAAAUAUAUGCUUAUUUUAUUUCUAAAAAAUACACACUUGUUAAAAAGAUUUCAAUGUAGCUUUCAGGAAUUCAGUAUCUGGUGAGGAUAUAGUACCAAGACAUAUCUUCUUGUUAUUACUUGGUUUGUUUAGCUGAUAAAAAGUUAUGAAUGAUAAAAACAAAACUGUAACAUUAAAUCAGAAUCACUGUUUCUUUGAGAAAAAAUUGAAUUCAUAAAAGCAUUGUGUUGGAAUUAAGGUAAAAAUACCCUAUGGAUUGGAUAGUUCUUUUUGAAAUAUAAUAUUUCUCCAAGCAUCAUUAAUUCCAACACACUUAAUGUAAAAUCUUUAGUUACUUCAUGUGUAUUUUAGAUUAUAAACGAAAUUCUUUUAACUGUUGAUAGUUGUUAACAGGCUGAAUGGGAAGAAAGCAUCUUGUAUCCUUUCUUUUCACAGUAAGCCCGUUUCUGGUGUCAACCGCUGUGAUAUUGUUGGAAUAUUUCUAAAAGCAGCGAACUACUAACUCACUCACUCUUUUCACAGUGAUGAUAUUUUGAUAUGUCAGCCAUGUGAUAACAACCAGCAAUGUCUAAACUUCAUCAGGGCUCGAAAAUUUCAAAAAUCCUAUAAAGUAAUAUGAACUUUCCACUUGUCCUUCUAGAAUUGUACUUUCCCUAUAGAUCAUGCAUCACAAUGAAUAUAAAUUUAAAUUAUUUAAUUUCAUAAUGUUUGCUUGGAAUAAAACUACAAUAAACAUUACUUACUUUGUCUUCUGUACAAAAUCUUUACAAAAUUGAAUUUAUUCAACAUUUAAGAUAGCUGAACUUCAAGGAAAAAGAAAAAUGUUACUUUAGGUUCAGAAAACGUACUCGUCCUCUAGGACGAGCAAAUUAUGUUUUUUCACUUACCCGAAACAAAUUUUGCUUGUCAAUACGAGUGGACGAGUGGAAUUUUCGAGCCCUGUUCAUACUAUGGGAGUCAGAUAAUGCAUUAGUGUUCAAUACCCAUUACUUCUCAGUUAGGUUAUUAAUAUCUGUUGGGAGUGAACGUCAUACAAACAUUUGCUCAGCAAGUAAAUGGCAAUAUUAUGACAGAGCACCAGGUGACCAUAAUCAAAAUACUUAUUCAAAUAGAUAGACGUGUAUUAUUUUUGUUAACAUUUCUGUAAAGAAUUCUGAAUGAGUCUGUUCAGAAUUAUAAGGGGGUUAUCAGUGGAGGCACUAGCAAGCACCAUGGCUGCUAUGAACCUUUGUCAUCGUUUUAAUAUUACUGUCACCAUGGAAACUGUUACUGCCAUUUGUAUGUCUGUGGAACUCUUGUUGUUAUUUGUUAUAGUGUUUACCAUUAUGCUUUUGUUUGCUGCGUUGUGAAGUUCGUGUUAUACCACAUGAGAGUCCAUUUCAUGCUAUGUUUUAUCUGGGUUUUUGUUGAAGUGGUGAUAUCAGUGGUUGUAUUGUCCAUUGGGUAACUUUAUUGACCAUGGAAAAUCAGAGGAUGUACCAGUGUUAUCAGUGUUAAGACACUGUGAUAUCACUGUUUUGACAUGGUGAUAUCACCAUUACAACAUGGUGAUAGUACUGUCAUGGCAUUGUGAUAUCAGUUUAUGACAUCUUGAUAUCACUGUUCUGGUGAUAUCACUGUUAGGACAUGGUGAUAUCACUGUUAGGACAUGCUGAUAUCACUGUUAUGAUAUGAUGAUGUCAGUGUUAAGACAUGAUAUCCAUGUGAGACAUUGUGAUAUCACUGUUACGACAUGGUGAUAUCACUGUUACAACAUGGUGAUAUCACUGUUAAGAUAUUGUGAUAUCAAUGUAUGACACUGUGAUAUCACUGUUAUAACAUGGUGAUAUCAGUGUUUACUGUUUGAUGUCUGAUAUCAGUGUUAAGAAGUGAUGGCAUCAUGAUGAAGACAUGAUAUCACUGAAGACAUUGAGAUAUCAGUGUUAGGAUAUAUCACUGUUGAGACAUGGUGAUAUCACUGAAGACAUUGUGAUAUCAAUGAUAAGAGAUUGUGAUAUCAUUGUUAAGACCUAUUGAUAUCUCUGUUUAUACUUGGUGAUAUCACUGUUAUAAGGCAUGAUGAUAUCAAUGUAAAAUGAUGAAACCAGUGGCAUUACUAUUGAUUGUGAUGCAUCAUGUUUAUAUCAUUGUUAUACCAUGUGUUUAUGAUUGUUAUACCAUGGUAAUAUCAGUGUUAUUUCAUGUUGAAAUCAGUGGCAUUUCACAUUUCAGUGUUGUUUUAAUAUCAGUGCAAAGCCAUGGUGGGAUCAUUCUUGUACCAUCUUGGUAUCCAUAAGUAUCUUGUUUUAAGUUUCAAAUUGGCAAGCAAAUCAGGACAUAGGAUAAAUGCAAAUAUCUUUAAAAGUACAUACAGUAAGAAGAUGUUAUAUAGAAUUAGGUCAGAUGAGAGCAUCAAGUUUGUGGUCCAUUUAUUUAUCAUUUAUUAUAAUAUCAGCAUGCCAAAAUGAAAUGAAGUGGUUGGAAAGACAGCAUACAUGCAUGGUACCAUACAUUACAGUCAGUAUCUUCUUAAAGAAAAAACCAAAACAUGCAAGCUAUUUGUCACAUCUGAAAGAACAGUUGAUCGUAGAAAUAUUUGUCUGAUCCUUUCUCAGAAAGUUGGGCAGUGAUAAGCAAGGGAUUGCAAUAUUAUGCAGUAGAAAAUGAAUGACUACUUUGUUUGAAUAAAAUAUUAUGGUUGUGAGAACAAAGGGUAAGGCAAAGCAAAGCCUACUUGUUUUCACAAUUGUUCUAUUGUGAGCCUUCUGUCUUAGAGCACACCCAAAUACUCUGUUUCAUAUAUUGCAUAUCAGGAUAUGUGGUGAAUAAGAGGCAUAGAUACAAUCACAUGUACAUUUAAGUUUCCAUGUGUAGUUAACGACUAGAGAUCAUCCUGGUUGGUGAGUUGUUGUAUCUGCUCAUGUCACUUGACCAUCACUUGACCACCUAGUCGGCAAAGAGCAGUGAACUGGUUGGAUUUGACCAAUGUCUUCCCCGGGAACAGAUAGCGCUUACAUAUCUCCUCAAUCCACCAAGGCCACAAACCCAAGCCAAGGUGGAUGUGUAAUUCUUGACGUAUAUGGAUCUUCAGCAGCUUUCAAACAGAGGAUGGAGCACAGUGUCAGGAUAUAAUGGCCAUAGGAUGAAGUCUUUAGAUGUCCUCCAAGCCAGAGAUGUCAACAAGUAACUCAUAUCACAGAGAGAUCAUUCAAUGGAAUAUUGGUAGUCAAUAUGAAAGAUGAUUUUCUGAACUUCAUUUAUAAUUAGAUCUCAUUUGUUUGUACUCUAAAUAUUAAACAUCCAGUUUUAUGAAAGUGUAUGUCCUGAUCUAGCGGUAGCACCUGCCUGUCACAUAAUCUUGCCAACAAAGGGGAGUGUGUGUGGCUAGAGAGUGCAAGCCUAUAUCUAAACAGGGUUUUGUUAUGGUUUAAAGUUUAAAGAUCUCUCUAAUCUUAGACAGUUACACGUGCAAAUUACUUAAAUUUUCUGUUUGGUUACUUAACAUUGUAUACUUAUGACAUGAGUAUCAAUAGUAACUGUGUGGAUGGGGACAUUGUUCCAAGGCCUCAACAUAUCAUCUUUUGCAGAGGACGAUUUCAGAAUUGUAUUCAAUCCUGUUUUCAGUCUCUGUCUUUACUGAUGGGGGCGGUGGGGUAGCCUAGUGGUUAAAGCGUUGGCUCGUCACGCCGAAGACCCGGGUUCGAUUCCCCACAUGGGCACAAUGUGUUAAGCCCAUUUCUGGUGUCCCCCUCCGUGAUAUUGCUGGAAUAUUGCUAAAAGCGGCGUAAAACUAAAACUCAGUCAGUCAGUCUUUACUGAUGUGUACUGCUGCCAGUACUUAAGGACACAAUCGUUUGAUAGCCUUUCAGGGGCCAGCAGUUCAAAGUGAAGUGUGAUGGAGCAUGGGGCUGAGAUUUUUGUUGGAAACAGAACUUGUGUUUGGCUAAAUUUCUGUCAGUGGUUAAAGUCACAAAGCAGUAGAGCAUUUGAUGAAAUUUUCAUUGGAAACAGAAAGUUUUUUUUAUUGUUUGCACAACUUGUUUUUAGGACAUUGAAUGUGCCAAGUAUUGUGUUUUAUUAUUUAAAAAACUAGGGUUAUUUUUUUCAAAUAUGAUUCCAGGCCCCUGACAGUAUUCAAUGAUUAAUGUCUGUGUGGUCAAGACUGUCUCAGAAUUCUUCAAGACUGUACUCUGGUGUCUCUUGGUUGUGUUCACAGGUAACACAAUAUUAUUAUCAAGAAAUAUGUCUCACAUAGUUUCUGCUACAACUAUUCGUUUACUUUAUUGUGUCGUCUGGAUGAUUUGAAAACAUUUGUCCAGUUCUAUUUAAAGACUCAAAAGAUACAGUACACCAUUUUGAGUUGUUCAAUUCCGCAUGGUUCUGUCCAAAUGUAAACGGACCUUUCAGUGUCCUUUGAGUGGCUUCUUUGCACAAUUGUAUUCUUCUGCUCGGUAAGGUGGCUUAUCUGUAUAGAGGCUAGUUCUUAUUAAUGGCUUAUAUGUGCAAGAUCUAGUUUGUUCAGGUGGAGCACCUGUACAAGGUAUUGUUUGUUCAGGUGGCUAAUCUGCACAGGGUCCUAUUUGUUCAGGUGGCCUAACUGUGCAGUGUCAUGUUUGUCCAGGUGGCUUACCUGUGCAAGGUCUGUUUGUUCAGGUGGACCACUUGUGUAAGAUCCUGUUUGUUCAGGUGGCUAAUCUGAACAAGGUCCUGUUUGUUCAGGUGGCUAAUCUGAACAAGGUCCUGUUUGCUCAGGUGGCUAAUCUGAACAAGGUCCUAUUUGUUCAAGUGGCCUAACUGUGCAGUGUCCUGUUUGUCCAGGUGGCUUACCUGUGCAAGGUCAUGUUUGUUCAGGUGGCUAAUCUGAACAAGAUCCUGUUUGUUCAGGUGGACCACUUGUGCAAGAUCCUGUUUUUCAGGUGGACCACUUGAACAAGAUUCUGUUUGGUCAGGUGGCUAACCAAUACAAGAUCCUGUUCUUUGAAGUGGCUCUGCUGGGUACUGCUUAUUUAGCAUAUCUAUAGAAGGCUUAUCGCUAGAAGGAUGUGUUUUUAGUUGACUUAUCUGUUCAAGGUCCAAUGGUCUUUCUUUCAUGUUGUUGACAAUUCUUCAAGAUGUGUCUGAGAGAAGUAUGUUUGUCCUCAAAUGGUUUUCUUGUGUUCCUUGAAGAAAUUGUCACAUUGAACAUAUUAUACAUGAAACAUAUUUUGUCAGACAUUUUCAGAAUCAAAUAACAUCAUGUCCUAUUAUCUGUGUGUUACCAUGGUGAUUUGCUGUUGUUCAUUAUCAGGAGAUAUGCCUGCGUUUUCACUUAACCUUUUUCAAAUGCUCUCAUUUGAUCCUCGUUUUUCACAAACACGAUCGCCAAGACAACCAGGCUGUAGAUAUGGUUCCAACCAGCAGUCGACCAGAAUGGGUUGCAUACAUGAGACUAUAGAUAUAUUGACUUAAAUGUAAGGUCUAGUGCAGAAGGUCAUUGACCAUAUGCUCCAGCCAACUAAAAAUUUACGUUUAUUGGGUUAUAAAACUAAACAGAAGUGAACAUAAUGGGCGAAUUGUAAGCAUUAUUAUUUACUUGUUUAACACCAUAAAGACAUACAGGAGCCUAUUUUCAUAAAUAGAUAUGCCGCAAUAAUACCUUCUCAGAUUUUCACACCAUAAACAUGUAGAUGGCUAUAUAGAUCAGGUUUCAAAACAGUAAUGCAAUACAAGCCAGCCAAUGAAACUGUUAGACCGAAGUGAGAGUGGCCCAUUCUUUCUCUGGAUGAAAAACCAACGAAAAGAAUUCCUUGGUUAGCCAUCCAAAUGCCAUGGUAUUCUUUCCUUGAUGAAAACACGGGAAUGGAAUCCCUCGAACGGCCUUUCAAAUAGCAUGGGAUUUUAUUUUUAUGGGUGAUUAGGCGGUGACAGUGCAGGAUACGGAUGAUGGGAUGUAGCUUGAUGCUGAUGUCAUCAAUUUCCUCACGCUGAACUGUUUACAGGCCACAUCACAUUGCAGAUAUAACCAAUGUUCAUUUCCUCUGCAGUAUGCCGCUAGCUGUUAGGUAUUAGUAUCGACUGUAGUUGUUAAGUGUUAGCAUGGUGAGGUGACAAGUCAGUGUGUCUGUGGCUGUUGCGGGCGAGCAAAGAGGAUGAGCUGGUGGGUAUUGUUGAAAUAAAGAUGAGAUCAAAUAAUUAGCCAGCCACAUUAUUCUAAAUGCGAAAGAGAUUUUGGUUUAAAGGGUCCAGCCAACAAGUACUAUGUUUCUGGUUCCUGUCACGUUUCACACCUCCCUUGUCCUUUCAUAUUUUCUGUAUGCUGAACAAAGGGAAGGUAACUCGAAACUGGUUUCACAACGUUGAAUGUGCGAACUGCCGUGAUGCCUCAUGUGUCUUCGCAAGUUCUCUGAACAUAAAACCAUGUAGGGGCUAGCCAUCGCUUAAUCAAACUUAAAUGAAUCACCAAAAACAAGAAGGACAUUUCAUGCUGGAGAUAUUCCCCGUUUGUUUCACACAAAGGCUUGUCAAAUUAUCUGUCGUCACGUCACUUUAGAACAAACUAAGAGACCAGAAACAUAGGGCUGGGUUUUUUCUUCGUUUUGUUUUUGCGCACACGCAUAACUGCUGUGUAGACAUAAGCGAUGUACGGACUCGACUGCGUUGUAAUAAAAAUGUUCGCCCCUCAUCCGAGGAAAAGAAUUACAUAAUCUGAAGCACAGAUAAAUAUAGAGGUCUGAGCAAAGGUCAAAUUCCCUUCCUUGAAUAUUUUAUGGUUCCGGUUUUUACAAGUGCAAUGUGGUACUCAGUUAUCAAGUUAUGGAAGGUAUUGUAAACACUGCAUUUAUAGUUGAAGUGGCUAAUGACAUUAGUGCAUCAAAUUGUGUAUAUGUAAAUUUGCGGAAAACAGUUUAACUGACGUAUGUGUAGAAUGGGAAAUGCAUCAGCCCCAACCAGACUUUAGAACAGUCAACUUUUCGGGCAAUCUGGUUCGCUGUUGGUUUUUGUCAUGUGACAAUCUUCUGCAGCCUGAUUGGUUGGUUACAUUGUUGGUCAUCGCAUGUCUGAUUGGUGCAUAAUGAUAUGUUGUUCUUGUCAAUGAUGUCCUGUCAUCAUUAUUUCAUUGUGGUCAAUACUGAUCAAUAGGGACAUUGUCGAAGUAAACCACUCAAGUCAC